AUGGCGCGAGCUGCACGCCUGUCAGGCCUACAGCGAGACGUCCUCUCCUUGUAUCGAAAAUGCCUCCGAGCAGCACGAACGAAGCCGGCUGAGAACCGCCCCAACUUCUACGCCUUCGCGAGACACGAAUUUGAGCGGAACAUCGGCAUGGAUAAGAAGGACUUUAGCACGAUCGAGUUUCUCUUACGCAAAGGAAUGCGGCAGCUGGAGAUAUAUGAGGCUCCUAAUAUCACGAAUAUUGCUGGCUAG